UUUUGUAACAACGUCAGGAUUCUUGACGAUUCGCUGGUCUCUUGGUUAUGGCGGGCGAACAGACUAGCGUGCUUAACGCCCUCGAUGUGGCCAAGACGCAAUGGUACCACUUCACCGCCAUCGUCAUCGCCGGCAUGGGCUUCUUCACGGACGCUUACGAUCUCUUCAGUAUAGCCAACGUUACCAAGUUGUUGGGACGUAUAUACUACACCGAGGAAGGUUCGAAAAAGCCCGGCAGUUUGCCGCCGAACGUGUCCAUGGCCGUCAACGGCGUCGCUCUCUGCGGGACGUUGGCCGGUCAAAUUUUCUUCGGGUGGCUCGGUGACAAGAUGGGGAGGAAGAAAGUGUACGGGAUGACUCUGGCUCUUAUGGUCAUCUCCUCGCUCGCUUCUGGUCUAUCUUUUGGUGACACCCCAAAAGGUGUCAUCUCCACUCUCUGCUUCUUCCGAUUCUGGCUCGGUUUCGGUAUCGGAGGCGACUACCCUCUCUCCGCCACCAUCAUGUCGGAGUACGCCAACAAGAAGACUCGCGGAGCGUUUAUCGCCGCCGUCUUUGCUAUGCAAGGGUUCGGAAUUUUGGUCGGAGGAAUUGUUUCUCUGAUCGUCGCCACGGCGUUCGAUCACGCUUACAAGGCUCCGCCGUACAAUGUUGAUGCGGCAGCUUCUCUUCCACCUCAAGCCGACUACGUUUGGCGGAUAAUUCUGAUGUUCGGAGCAGUUCCGGCAGCCAUGACUUUCUACUCGCGAGCGAAGAUGCCGGAGACGGCGAGGUACACCGCUCUCGUGGCCAGGAACGCAAAAAAAGCGGCUCUCGACAUGUCAAAAGUGCUCCAAGUAGAACUUCAGGCCGAUGAGCCGAUAAAAUCAUCGGAAAGAGACGGCAACAGCUUCGGACUGUUCAGUAAGCAAUUCGCUCGCAGACAUGGACUUCACUUGCUCGGAACAUGUACCACCUGGUUCUUACUGGAUAUUGCAUACUACAGUUCAAAUCUUUUCCAGAAAGAUAUUUAUACAGCUGUCGGAUGGCUUCCUCCGGCGGCGGAAAUGAAUGCGAUUCAUGAAGUUUACAGGGUCGCAAGAGCACAAGUACUCAUCGCACUGUGCGGCACCGUGCCGGGAUACUGGUUCACCGUGGCAUUCAUAGACAUCUUGGGACGAUUCUUCAUCCAACUAAUGGGUUUCUUCUUCAUGACUGUGUUCAUGUUCGCCCUCGCGAUUCCUUACGAUCAUUGGACAAAAAGAGAGAACAGAAUAGGGUUCCUUGUGAUGUACGCUUUGACCUUCUUCUUCGCUAACUUCGGUCCCAAUGCCACCACCUUCGUCGUGCCGGCCGAGAUCUUCCCGGCAAGGUUGCGAUCCACCUGCCAUGGGCUGUCGGCGGCUGCGGGGAAGGCCGGAGCGAUCGUGGGGGCAUUCGGGUUCUUGUAUGCUGCACAGAGCAAGGAUCCAAAGAAGACUGACGCUGGUUACCCACCUGGGAUUGGGAUGAAGAAUGCUCUGAUCAUGCUCGGUGUCAUUAACUUUGUUGGGAUGUUAUUCACUUUCUUGGUUCCAGAAGCUAAAGGCAAAUCGUUGGAAGAGAUAAGCAGGGAGAAUGAGGAAGAAGAUGGUGAUCUGACUGUGGAGUUACCCGGCAUCGGCGGUUCCAGAACUGUUAAUCCAGCGUGAUGACAAUGACGAUGACCAUGACGAUGAUUCAAUUAAAUAUUAAUUAAUUGUGUGUUUUUCUAUUAAGGCAGGCGAAAGUGAUCGAUGACCGUGUUCGUCUACAAGUAUAUCAGGAUCGAAAAAUAGAGUGCAAAAGUAUAUAAGAAAUUUUGUAAUUUUUUUUGGGGUUAUUUUGGUCAUUUGUGUUUUUCAAAUUCGAAUCGUAUCAAAGCUUAAAUCAAGAAAACGUCCUUUAGCAAUUUAGUUUAACUUGAUUUUCCAAUAUAAAAUUGUGUUUAUGCAAGUAUUUCUUGUUUUC